AUGCCGCACAUGCCCGAGAUUAGGGAUGUGUCGGGCAAGGCGCGGUACGAGGGCGAGACGCUGCAUUUCGACGUGAAGCGUGGCAACGCGGUCAACCUCACGGUCACGGAUGGCACGAUCGACCUGACCGGACUGGACAAGCCGUCGCAGAUGGCCGCGAUCCGCCUGCCGAUCACCGGCUCCGCGCAGGAUGUCAUCCGUUUCCUGGCGCGGCCGAAGCUCGGUCUGCCCAAGGAAACGCUCUACGACCAUCGCCGUUUGGGCGGCAACGUCGCGGUCGACGUCUCGCUGAGCUUCCCGCUGAUCGACGCGCUGACGGUUGCGGAGAUCGACAUCGCGGCGGAUGCCCAGCUCACCUCAUUCUCGUUGAAGGACGUGCUGGGCGAGGUCGAUCUCACCGACGCCACCGCGCGGGUGAAGUAUGGCAAUUCCGAACUGAGCGUGGUCGGGCAGGGCAAGCUCGACGGCAACGCGGUGGACGUGACAUGGCGUGAAAUGUUCGUGGCCAAGGCACCGUUCCGCCGGCGCUACGACGUGCGGGGGACCGUGCCGUCCUCGAUCGUCGAGAAGGCGGGCUUUCCCCUCGGUCGAACCUUUCGUCGUCGGCCCGAUCGGCACCAUGCUCCACUACCAGGUGGCGCCCAACGGCACCGGCGAGGUCUCGGGACGCUUCGACAUGAAGGCGGCCAAGCUGGCCGUGACGCCGCUGGCCUGGAGCAAGGAGGCCGGCGUCGACGCGCUGGCGACCAUGACCCUGAAGCUCGCAACCGGCGGCAAGAUCACCACCGCCGACUUCGACGCCCGCGCCGCGACCCUGCAGACCAAGGGACAGGUCCGCUUCGGAGCCGACAGCAGCGUCCAGCAGAUCGCCCUGCAGCAGGUGAAGAUCGGCCUGACCGACAUCGCGGUCGACUGGCGGCGCCAUCCGGGCGGAAUCGACAUCGCGGUCCGGGGGCCGUCGAUCGAGAUGCAGCGCGUUCGCGACAUGAUGAACGCCCGCAACGAGGCGGCGACCCACGAGCCCAAGGGGGCGGCCUCGGUUUCGCGGACGAGCACCAAGGCGAACGUGCAGAUUCAGAACGUCGUCCUGAAGCGAGGCUCGCUCGGCUAUCUCAACGGCCGCCUCGACCGGAUCGGCAGGCGGCGGUCGAGCGCAAGAUCGAACGGGCGAACGAGGAACGGCGCGUCACGGAGAUCGUCGGCGGUCUCGCGGACAUGCCGGACGAUCCGACACGCCGCCCGGAUCUCGACGACUACCAGGCGCGUGCCGCCGAGGCGACGCCGCCGGACGCCUCGCCGGAGGUGCGGGCACAGGUAUCGAGGAUGGCCAGCAUCGAACAGGCGCGUGCCGACCAGGCGUGGCAGGCGAAGCGGGGCCGCGCGGCGACGGGCGCUCUCGACUGGCUCGGCGCCAAUCCCGCGGCGCCCCUGAUGGCGAUGCCGACGGCAUUGCGCGACGGGUUGAGCCCGGAGCAGACGGAGGCACUCGACCGGACGGCCAUGAACGGCGGCCGCGUCGUCACCGAUCGUGACCUCUACGACAGGCUCGACGAUCAGUCGGUGCGCGACCCGGAAAGCUUCGUUGGCGUCGACCUCACGCAACACCGGCUGUCGCUCGGCGACAGCGACUACGACCGCCUGACCAAACUCCAGCAGGCUCUCGCCGAAGGCAAAUCCGAUCCCGCCUUCGAGCGCCACCGUCUCGGCCGCCUGUUCCUCGAAGAGGGACUGCGCAACGCCAACCUCGAUCCCAACGGAGCGGAAGCCCGGCCCGCACGGCAACAGCUCGACAGGCUGCUCGGUGCAUUCGAACCCGUCGAAGGCAGACCGCCGACGAUGGUGGACAUCCGUCGCCUCGUCGGUGACGUGCUGCCGCGUGCAAAUGGCGAUCCAACUAUCGUCCGGGUCGCCGACGAGCCGACUGAAGCAAACGGCAAUACGCAAAUCGCGCCGCUGCAAGGACCAGUCGAGGAAUCCUGGGAGGUAGAGCCGCCAAGGGAGCCAGCUCUGGGCAGUUCUGAAUUUACGGCGAAGGACGCGCUCGAUGGGAGACGGAUUGUUCAUAACGACGACGGCAGC